AUGGACGCGUGGAACGGAACGUUAGCAAACCUCCUGGCCGUUAUACGGCUUCGGGGCCGCCGAGAGACGGGCAACUUCACGGCGGCAGUCCUAGGCUACCGCUACCUCAAUGAGUUCAACUACGAGGAUGGCCGCCUGUUCCAUGACCAGCACGGCCGCCUAUUUCUCUACCUCUCCCUGCCCUUCGGGAAAUACGGGGGCGCACGCGCGUCCGUCAAUACCGUCUUCCGCGUUAUGAUUACCUGCCGCCGAACGCCGGGCCCCAACAAAUGCGACCCCCGGCUCGGGCCCCCACGCCUAUUGCGCUACGAUCACAGCCUCGCCUGGGACAAGAACUGGGUCCCCUGGAAUGGCACCUCGUUGAUGUCAUACUCCCACUAUGGCCCCUUCGGUCCCCACUCCGUCUUCAAUUGGUCAACGUACAGGGAUCCCAUGCCGCACGCGCGCUUCUACUCGUUCGCCAACGAAACCUUCUUUUCCACCUUCAGUCGGACCUUUGGACGCCUGCUGCAGCUAUCGGGCGGCACGCCAGCCAUCUUGGAGCCUGGCGGCAAAUCUUACAUAGCAGUGGGGCACCUGCGUGUGCACCCGGGCUGCCUUCACCCGGAAUCAAUCCCUGGACUUGACAAAGUGGUGGGCAAGGAUGUCCGCCUCAACUGCGCACACCUGCUGAGACUGGACGCGCACCUCAAGGGCGCCAUCCCCUUCCAGACAUUCAUGUUCAGGGGCCCAAGUGGCAACCUGUCCAAGCACUACCAUGUUGACUACGGGCUCUUCCUGUACAGGUUCAGGGCCGGACCGCCCUACACCAUCACGCACCUCAGCCACGGCUUCCUGCCGCCCUCCGAGGGCCACUUCGGCAUCGUCUUCCCUAGCGGCCUGGAGCGGCUGGGCCGGCGCGGCGACUACGCCAUCUCCUACGGCGACGCCGACCAGGUCGCCCGGAUACUGCUGCUCAGCCCGGCAGAUGUGGACAUGUUAAUGGUGCCUUUGUCGGUGAUGGAGAAGCGCUUGGCUGGGCUGUCCGUGUGCACGCUGCCGUUCGCGGAAGGCGUGCCACUGGCGCUACGGCUGCAAAGCGGCCAAGGACGGUAG